GAAGCGCCGGCGGAUACGCGCACCGAGGACGAGCGCGACGGUCGGAGUUAAAAGCAGUGGACAUAAAUAUUAAAAGAGGGAGAGGGGGAGGAGUCCGCGCCGCCGCCUUUAUGGGCUCGGAGGUGUUGAGUGCUUUUUAACGGAGAGCUCCCGGCUCUGGGACGCACUGCUGAGGCUGCGGCGCUCCGCUCCCGUCGUCGGUCCCCCCUGUUGUCGCUCGGGAGAAAUUAGAAGUGGAAUAUUGAUUCUAUUGGACAAGUGGCGCGAGUCGGACAGGAAAUACAGCAAGUUAGCAACCGUGCCGUGCGUGUGUCGAAAUGAGACAAGUACCGGGGCUCGGUUUCCUGCUGGGCUGCAGCCUCAGCUUUUGCAUCGAUGGGUGACUGAUUUUAUUUUUUUCUUCUUCUCUUCUCCAGCGCUUAUUCAUCACAGGUGUUUAAUUAAAAUAGUAAGAAAGGCCGUCUCGAGCGCUUCCUUUGCCUCGAAGGCGGAUAUCGCGUUGCCGGAGCGCGGAGAAGCUCGUGCUUUACUCAGUACUGUACAUGCAUGUAGGUGCCGCGCGCCGUGCGGCUCUCAGCGUCGAGGAGACGGACGAUGCGCGCGGAGGACGGCGGUGACGCGGCUGCGCGCGGACAGGAGAAGAUGGGGCUGAACGGCACCGGCGACGGCGACUCGGAGCCGCCGAGCAAACUGUCGACGGACAACGUCAACGACGUGGCGCGCCUCCAGCACGAGCCCACAGCGGGAGCCAGCGGCGAGCGCGAGGGCUCAAGCCCCGGCUUCGAACCCCCCGAGGGCGGCUUCGGCUGGCUGGUGGUGUUCGCCGCCACCUGGUGCAACGGCUCCAUCUUCGGCAUCCAGAACUCGUUCGGCAUCCUGCACAUGAUGCUGGUGGAGGAGCACAUGGAGUCGAACGACGAGGCCUCGCAGUUCAAAGUGGCCUGGGUGGGCUCUCUCGCCAUGGGCAUGAUAUUCUUCUGCUCCCCCGUGGUCAGCAUGUUCACCGACCAUUUUGGCUGCAGGAAAACAGCAGUUGGUGGCGCCCUGGUGGCUUUCGUUGGACUCUUGACAAGUUCCUUUGCAACGUCCCUGGGCUUGCGCUACUUCACCUAUGGGAUCCUUUUUGGUUGCGGUGCCUCGUUCGCCUUCCAGCCCUCGCUAGUCAUCCUGGGCCACUACUUCAGGCGUAAGCUGGGCCUGGCCAACGGCAUGGUAACGGCAGGCAGCAGCUUAUUCUCCAUGGGCCUGCCCGUCUUGCUGAAGAAGGCUGUGGGACCCCUAGGCCUUCAACGCACAUUCCAGAUCCUCAGCACCUUCAUGUUCAUCCAGGCUUUGUUGGCACUCACGUUCCGCCCGCUGCUACCCAGCGGCGCCCGCGCCCGGGCGCCCGAGACGGUGUCCCCGGACUCGCCGGGCAACCUCUGGCAGAGGAGCCUCGUCCAGAUAAGGAAGUACUUCAACCUGAGAGUGUUUCACAUCACCACAUACAGAGUGUGGGCCUUUGGGGUAGCUACUGCAGUGCUGGGAUACUUUGUACCAUACAUUCACCUGAUAAAAUUCGUGAAGGAGCAGUUUGGAGAGACCCAGAAGGAGUGGAUCCUGCUCGUCUGCAUCGGGGCGUCCUCUGGAGUAGGUCGUCUGAUCUUCGGGAAAGUUGGUGACCUCGUUCCUGGAGUUAAGAAGAUUUACAUGCAGGUAGCCUCCUUCAUGGUGCUGGGCCUGAUGUCCAUGAUGGUCCCGCAGUGCCGCGUGUUCGAGGCUCUCGUGGCUGUGUGCGUAUUCCUGGGCCUUUGCGAUGGCUGCUUCAUCACCAUCAUGGCUCCCAUUGCCUUCGAGCUGGUGGGGCCCAUGCAGGCCUCCCAAGCCAUCGGCUACCUCCUGGGGCUCAUGGCGGUGCCCAUGACUGCUGGGCCACCAAUUGCAGGGCUCCUACGUGACUACUAUAAGAAUUACCAUGUGGCGUUCUACCUAGCGGGGGUCCCGCCCAUGGUGGGUGGCCUGGUGCUCUUCUUCGUCCCCCUCAUCCACCAACGGAUGCAGAGAUCCAAGGAGGCGACGGCGCCGGACCCCAGCGUCGACAAGAUGCUGCCCCUGUCCAGUGGCUGUAUCAAUGGGGACAUGCUGCCUGGCUUCACCGACGUGGAGACGCACAUCUGAGCUGCUCGUCUCUGGGAGGGAUUCCGCUCACCAGCAGCGCUGCGGCAUCUCGCUAACCCCUCCGUGAGGUGUUGAGGCGGUCCUCCUCUGUCUUGCGCCGACACCCUCGCGUCCCCUUCUCUUCAGGAAGACCCCCGGCGCGUUGACCUACACCCAGACAACGCGGUUUUCCACUUGACGCCACCGUCCCUCAUUAGACGUGAUAUAACUGAAGAGCUGUAGCUCUAUUCUAACCUCGCAAGGUGUUGGUAGAGGCAGCCGGGUUCCGUGUAAACGUGGAUGCCCAGGUUCACUCUCGCAUCAGUAAAGGUCCGCUUCUUCUUCAGAUACUUUAAAUCCUUAGAUCUGCCGUCGUGGAGUCGUUUUCCUUUCCUUGCGCGUGAGAGUGAGGUUCUCUAUGAGCUGCAGUCACUUUAAGGCAUAAAUAUGAACAAAAAAAAAGGACACUUUGGGAAUGCUUCCAGUGCAGUGCACCUCUAAAUGAUUCGGUUGGCUUUUCCGAUGACAAUCAAAGUUCGGUCACGCGGUUCGAACGGUCGCAACUGUUCACGUUCCUGAUUUUCCUCUAGUAGGGCAUUGCUGUAGUUAACACCGAGAACAUAUUUGCAUUUCUUUUGAAAUUCACUGUGUCGUGACAUGCAGAAACCUGGUAGUUAAUUGUUUAACCGAAUGGAUAUUUUUUACAUGAACGUGUGUGGAGUAAAAACGUCUUGAUUUGUCAAGAUUUAGAAUUUCCUCAUAAAUUUGUUCUAAAAUGUCGCAUUAGUAUCCUGAACCUCGUACUUUUACCGCCCUGGGCGUAUGUGUUCGCAUGUAUUGUGAAUGGAUACAUAUAUUAACAUGUAUGUGUUCAUGUACAGAUGAAAUCUUUACAGGGCAGCAACAGCGCUACCCUACGAGAGCCCUAGCGGGAACCCCUCAAUCCCCAAUGAUGGAGAUCCCCAGCUCUUAACAUCGCUCCGAUGGUGGCUCCUGUAAAAAGCAUCUCGCACUUUCCCUCGAAUCCUGGGUCAGAGCAGAAACCCAGCGCCUCCUCUGAGCGGGCAUUAGUUAACGUACCAUGGGUGGUGACACAAGGAGGGAAAACUGACUGAACCGUUGCUGGCUUUGCGCUCCACGAGAAGCAAGACGAGUUCCAUGUUCCUGCCACAGCUUUGUGUGUUGGAACGUGUUGACGUUGAAGUCCAUGAGUAUUGCGUUGUGGAAUCUGGCUCAGGAAAUAUGAAUCGGGUGGGGGGGAUUAAAAUCGAGUGUUUUCUGGUCUUUGACAAAUGAGUUGGCAAUAGAUGGUAAGCUGCUACGGUAGAGGCGAAACGGAUGCGAUCUCGGCCUCGGACAGACGUGCUUUGGGCAGAACGGCCGCGAACACGAGGAGCAGGAGGACACCGGUCGUUGCUCGUGUCGAGACGGAUGGGUUGUUUCUCGGUACCCAAGGAGCACGUAUCAUUUGCUUCCUGAAAGGAUUCGUGUUUGUUAAAGACGGACGUCUCGAGUUGGGGAAUCGAGAACAAAUCCAUGGGUAUUCAAAGUUGUGACGAGGGAGGACUCGCCCUGGAAGCGGCAAGAAAAGGGUGCAAGAAGCAGAAUUCCAAAAGGACGAUUUAUUUUUGUUUUUCAGUUGAGCCGCGCGGCGAGUUCAUGAAUUCAUGCUGUGCGGUUUCGAUUGGGCGGCGGGGGGGACCCUUUUAAUCAAGGUACACGUGGGCAGGGUUGCUUGACGGGGGCUUGUCGUAAUGAACGCUUGUAAUGACCGCUCGAGCUUUUGCUCUCGGAACUGCGUGGUUCAAGUGAAAAACGGCCUUUCUGCACCGAGCGUCCUCUCGCGGGUUCUCCCGUCUGCCGAGAGAAAUGGGUCAGCGGUCUCUAGCGCUGCUUGCGGGGGACACGCCAGCGUGCCCGCGGAGUGCGGACUGUUGCCGGACGAUGGCGGGGCUACUAGACGGCGUGUUCCGCCGGCCCACGACGCACCGCUCUCCUGCGCGAGACCUCCGACCGCCUGUCGAGUGCCGUCAAUCAGUGCCAUUUCUUUAAUUUAUACGAGUGUUUUCUAGAAUAACUAGCAUGACAAUCUUUUUAAUCUUUCUGAAGAUGUCUCUUGUGUGCGCGUGUCUGUGCGUGAGGGUGUCGCUCUUGUUCUGCUGGCCCCUUACCUGUAGAAGUACUGCUCUGUUAAUACAUAAUUCUCUUUGCCUUAUUUUUGGGCAUUAGGGUCCCCUCCCUCCCCUACAGGCAGGUGAAGCGCUUCUUUGGUUCAACACAGACCACGAUUAUAAAGCUGUUCGUUCCCCCCCCCCCCAUCAGAUGUCAUUCACAUUAGUUUUAUUUCUUCUCCUUUUCAACAUUUAGCUUUUUUGCAUUUAUAUCUCGUCUCUUUUCCCUCUUCCCGCAUUACCAGCUGUAGACGAUGCCGUAUCGGCUAAUUUACACUAAAACGUAUUUGUAUUUUUUUUUGUCCUCCCCCCCCCCCUCAUAUAAGUGC